UGUGCACUGCAAGGUUCUGUUGCGGAACUUAAUAAGCUUCACUGUUCACCGAUGUGAUGGUUCAAGUUUCUUAUUGUCACCUUCUAUGGCAAGAAGUUUUGUACAACUCAAACAUCUUGUAAUAUCAGAAUGUCAAAUCAUGGAAGAGAUAGUAUCGACAAAAGAAUACAGUGAAGAAAACAAGGAUAACAUGUUUCCUAAGUUGGAGAAAUUGGAGCUAAGUGAUCUUCCUCAUCUCACUAGAUUCUGCUUAGGAGGUUACGUUGAAUUUGCAUCUCUGGAGAGAUUGCAACUAGAGAAGUGCACUAAGUUGGAGACUUUCAUCUCUAAUCAUGAGAGUGCUGCUCCGUAUUUUCUUUUUGACGAGAAGGUAGGGUUUCCAAGGUUGGAGAUAUUGACCAUCAAUGGCUUACCUAAGCUGACAACAAUGUGGCACACCCAACUUGCUCGAAACUCUUUUUGCAAAAUCAGGGACGUUACAGUUAAACGAUGCAAUAGUCUUAAAAGCAUUCUUCCAGACUCGAUAAUAGCUGGAGCUUUUCAGGAGCUACAAAAGUUGACAGUGGAGGACUGUGUAGUGGAGGAAAUAGUUGCCAAGGAAGAGGGACAAGAAAUACAAAACCACGAUAACUUCUUCCCAAAGCUAGAGUGUUUGGAACUUAAAAGUCUAUCCCAACUUAAGAGAUUCUAUCCAAGUAUGCCUGCUUUCAGUUGGCCACACCUCAAAACAUUAGUGUUUGAUUGUCAGCAGGUGAAUAUUUUUACACCGGAAUUUUCAGGCCUUACUGAGGAAACACAUGACUCGGGCAGUCAGUCUAUUCCAGUUAAACAAUCUUCUGUUCUGAUCAAUACGACCUCAUUCCCCAACCUAGAAGAUUUGACCGUCUGUAUGGACAAUUGGCACAGCCGACCUGCCCCAUCAGUUUUGUGCGCGAAAGCUCUCUUCUCUGUGAUCAGUAGUAGACAUCCAGAUGGGGGAUCCCUUCUAUAUUUAAGAACUUUGAGGCUGCAUGGAGUGAAGAAGCCUAUGCGUGUCUGGGACACCGCCGAACCAGCUGGCCCAGAUUUUCCAAAGUUGGAAAUUCUAGAGGUGAAGUUUUGUGGAUUGAAUAAUCUAGAGUUCUCUGCAAUAUCCUUCAAGAAUCUAACAAUUUUAGAAGUAACCUUUUGCUGGCGAUUGCAAUAUUUGGCAACUUAUACGGUUGCUCAAAGUUUAGUGAGACUCAAAAAAUUGAAAGUUGAUGAGUGUAAAAAAAUGAAAGAAGUCUUCACAAGCGAAGGAAUGGAAGAAGAUACAAGUGAGUGUACGAUUGUUUUCAGCCGGUUGCAACAUUUGGAACUUACUGAUUUAGUAAGUUUGGAACGCUUUUGCCCAAGAAAUUGCAGGGUGAAGGUCCCAGAAACCUUGGAAACUUUAGAGGUAAAAUGGUGCUCUUUCGAGCUGAAGAUUUCCUCCGAUGGGGUACUAGAAGAAAUUGUUCCCAAUAUGCAUCUAGAUGUACAAAAGUCACAUCCCAAAGAAGAGGCCUUGAUAACAAAUCAGAAACAGCCUUCCCCAAACGCCUCUGAAGGAGCUCAACAUGUCGGGUUUAAUCUACGAGAACUCCAUGAUGACAGCCUUAAAACUGAGCCGAAAAAAGACGGGCCUCUACGGCCAGGCAUUGCUGAAAGUGAACAUGGUGGAGUUGAAGCUGUGGUUCAAGAAACUCCUAUUAAUUCGCACAACAUGAAUCAUGCUGAAGCUAUGGACCUAAAGCACAAGCACAUUGUCACCAAUACUUGGGAGGCUGAUUUUGGCAGGGAAGAGAGCCUCACUGAACCUUUGAAUGCAGAUGUAGGCAACCAGCUUCAAUUGAAACAACUUGAUGGUGUACAAACGGAAUCACGGUUGCAAAGCAUAGCUAUUAAGCUUGAUGAAGACAUAGGAGGUUUGCAGAAUGAAUUAAGGCGUCUGCAGAAAGAAUUAAGUGCCAAAGAAGCAGAGAGGAGAGAUACAGAGCAAAAGCUUGCUGAUCUUGUGAGAGCUAAACGAUUAUCUGACCCUUCAGGAAGUUAACUUUCAAGAUCGUAGUGCAGCAGUGCAGCCCUUGUUGAAUUUUUGUAUAGCAAUUUUGUUCACCGUAAAUUUAUCCUUUGGUCAAUUAAUAAUGAACAAUUCUUAGGUUCACCCCUAGGAUA